AUGUUCUCUCGCAUCUUUGCCGUUCUUCCCCUUGCUCUGCUCGUCGCUGCCAAUGCACAUCUCGAGGCUCGUGACCAGUGCAAUACUGGAGCUAUCCAGUGUUGCCAAAGCCUCCAGCAGGCGGACCAAUGCGCCUCAUUAGUUCAGAAGUGCGGCUGGACAGUUGCCGAUGCUGCUGUCCAGGGUCUCGUCGGUGUGAGCUGCUCACCCCUCACAGUUGCCGGCACUGGCUCUGGAUGCCAGGCUUCGGCGCAGACUGCAUGCUGCAAGAACGUUUACUUUAACGGCGGGGUCAACAUUGGUUGCACACCUAUCAAUGUUAAUGCUUAG